AUGAUAAUUGCAAUUCAUUCGAGCUCCGAGAGAAGCUCAAAAGAAGAAUCGCGCAUAAUAUUUCCAAUUUCGGAACAGUCAUCUUCAACUACCAAACCGUUGUUUGCUUUCACCCCAUCCUCGUCACCUUUUUACGAACUCUCUUCGCCAUUUCUGGCGAUUUUGGUAACCGACAUCGACCAACGCACUAUUUCCCGAUUCCAGCUUGAUCCGCCCAACUACCCUGCCCCAUUGAAUUUGCCCAUGGCAGCAACUGUCGUUGCCGAGGAUAACGAGGAAAACGCCAGUCCUCAGCCAUGGUAG